AUGUACACAAUCCCUCCGUCGGAGGAGAUCGGUAUCGAAGAGUUUGAUGAUAUUGCCAUUAAACGACUGAAAGCGCUAAGAUCGGAACUCAAGAAAUACUUGCCAAUUGCCUCAGGGUCGUGUCCCCCUGCUGAUGUUGAGAAAGCUCGCAGAGAAGAUGUAAUUGGUCACUUUAUCCUUCGACUUGCCUUCUGCCGCUCUCCGGAAUCCACGAAGUGGCUUGUCACCCAAGAAGUGGACCUUUUCAGGUUUCGUUUUGCGAGUGAGUCUCCAAAUGGCAUAAUCGCAUUUCUCAAAGAAAAUAAUGUCAAUCUGGAUGUGGUAGAGAAUUCUGAAAAAGAGGAACUAAUGGCUGAAUUAGCCGCUGGUUGUGGCAUCAGCAUCGAACAAGCUUGCAACACAAACUUUUGGAAGGUAGACUUCACUGCAGCGCCUGAUCUCGUGCGCCGCCGUCCGUGCGCUCGUUCGUCGAGCGAUUUGGUCGUGAUCACCAGCGCAGCUCUACGAGCGAACAUGACAGCGGCUAUGGCGAGGGCGUUCAAGCAUCUGGCAGUUGUAGAAGAGGAAUGGCGACUUCUUCCGAGACUUGCGCGCUUGGCUAAUAACGCCUACAGCGGGAAGCAGCAGUAUGGUCUUUUCUUGAAAGCAAUCGGUUUGUCUUUAGAGGAAGCAAUCAUGUUCAUGCGUGAAGAGUUCACGAAAAAGAUUGAUUCUGACAAGUUCGAGAAGCAGUAUGCUUACAAUAUCCGCCACAUGUACGGAAAAGAAGGUCGUCGCGUGGAAUAUCCAGCAUUUCCAUCGGCUGGCGAAGGAUGGCAUUGGAAUAGGGAGCAAAUAAACCAGAUAGUCAAUUACUCGAAAAUGGAAAUUCAUUUCGAUCAGAGCUGUCACUCGUCCACUUUGACUACUGACAAGAAUGACCCGAAGGUUCUGAGUGGGGCGCGUUCCAAGACCAAUCAUCUUCAUCAGUCGCACAGCACACAACAGCCGGAACAGAUGCCUAAGAAAGAAGAGAAUUUCUCUGACAGCGAAAACUGA